AAAUACCUCGAAUAGAUUUUCUGGUCACAGUCCUUGUGAAUUUUGAGCAGACAAAUUCGUGCAUUAAAACCUUCUGAAAAUUGUUAAAAAAUAAAAAACUAUAUUUAUUUGACUUAAAAAAACUUGAAAAAACUAAAAGCAAGUUGUGAAAUGAAUGUGUUGCUGCAGAAAAUGCGUUGAAAUUUUAGCUGGCUAUGGCUGAAUGAAAAAAAAGUAGAAGAAGCAUUGGUGGCAGUGUGUGUGUGUGUGUGUAAAUGUACAAAGCAGAACAAAAAGUUGGAAAUACGGCGUGAAUGAAGAAACGUAAAUGAAAUGUAAGAAAAGGAUUAGAGUGCGGGCAGAGUAAAGUAGUUAAAACGACGAAUGCAACUCUUUGAAAGUAAAAUGAGAAAUUAAAGAAAAAUAAUAAGUAAACCAUUAAAAAAGAAACACCUCGGUAGACUAAGCAAUAACAAAAUCAUUGAUUGGUUACAAAGUGCUGGCACUGCAAUUGUGGUUACAUACGCAAACGUCGCCAUAGCCACGUACGUCCGUGGCGGAUACACCGGCUUUGGACAUCUAUCUUACUACUCACACUGGUGGAGCAGGGAGAUAACAUUAACAACGAGAAUUGUAUAAAACUAUACAUACUAUUUAAUAUUACAACGUACAUUUUUACGGCUGUCGCAGAAUAUUCUUAGAAGGACUUUUGCAUAAGCUACGAUUUGAGGCCCAAUCACAUACUAAUUAGACCAUUUUAAUGGCAUUGGCUUGCCCAUCCCCACCUCUGAUGCGGAAAAAUGAACAAUGAAAUCAGUGGUAAGACUCUUCUAUCCGUCACCGCAUCGAUCGCCGCUACCAUCAUACCUGACACACCUAUUGUGUCCAUAGCCGGUGCCACUUUAAGUGAAAUAACCACAACAACAACUUCAACGACAACAACACCGACCCCCACACCAACACCAUCAUCAUUCAUACCAUCAAAUAAAACCAACAAAGACCAUAAUAACGCCAAUUUGCCAAACAAUCCAAUGUCUGAUGCUGCUGUCGCCAAGUCAGCAGGAGGCAACGGUACUGCCGCUGCAAACAAUACCACAUCUAACACACCAGCCGAUACAGGUGGUAUCACCGGCAAAGAACAUACAACAAUUGUGAACAUUGCCAAUGCUGGAAAAACAGAUGACGCUACUACAAAUACUGACACAAAGAAAUCUGAUGUCUCCGAUUUAGAAGAACCCGAGUUGAAAAAGCUACUCGACGAGGCCUACAAUUAUAAGACACCCAAGGACAAAAAAGAUAAAAGCGAAAUAUUCUUGGAUUUGCUACAGAAGGUGGAGAAUGAAGAUUUGGGCAUAACAUCGACACGUUCCGAUAGUCAUCGUCAUCAUCCGCAUUCACAGAAUCGCCAUCAACAGAAGCAGGGUGGCUCAUUGCAAGAUCUCUUACAGUUGCCAUCCGAUUUUCGACGCCAAAAUCAUACAUCACGCCACAAGAAGAACUCGUCCGUGUCUUCACGGCAACGCGAAGGCGGCAGCUUACCCAGCAACGUCAAUGUUGCCAAUUGCUUGCUAAGCAGUUUUGGCCAGCAAUCAUCCGUCUAUACGGAUAAACGUGUGCGUCGCGGCAUUUUGCCAGGCGUGGAAAGUGCUACGGUUGCGUUAAAUAGCAACAAGACAUUGGUCGGCGUAGUUGGACUGGCUGUGGGUGAUCCAAACGCCAAUUGUUUGCUAAGUACCUUUGAGCAGCAGACACCAGGCUACGCAGAUAAGCCGGUGCGUCGUGGUCUUGUUGGUGGUGAUCCCAACGCAACUACUGGCUGUACUGGUACCGGUACAGGCAGUGGCAGCACGAAUUCGGCGGGUGUAUGCAGCAAGGACAGUGGCAACAGUGUCGGUGCUAGUGUGACAAGUGUCAUUGGAGGCGCUGCCAACAUGGCGACCACAGCGAGUGGCCAUAGUGUUGGUGGCACGAUGGCAACUGGCGCGGGUAUUGUUAAUAGCGCAGUAAAAACUGCCAAUUCCAUUAGUGGUAGUAGUGAUUAUAUUAUUAAUAUUGGCGAUAUGAUCGAUAUACAACAGCAGCAGCAAAUUUUACCAUCGAAAGCACAAGACGGCGGGCAGGGCUUACCGUAUUACGAGCGUGUGGAUAUUGAUAUGCGCAUACCGCGUCCAAAUUUGCACCGCGGAGAGGGUGGCGAUUUCGCCCCAGCACACUCCCAUCAUUAUGUCGAUGAAGUGAUUCGUUUUCAUCAAAUCGAUGGCGGUGAUGGCAGUUUGUGCGAGAGUGGUGAAGUAGCCAUUUCCGUUAACAAUAUUGGCAACAAACACAAGUCGGCGGCUGCGUCCUGUUCCCUCCCGAUGCCGUUAGAUGAGCGUUACCAGUCCAUUAAAUCGGUGAUGGGCGAAAAGGGCGAUAGCGUCGGCGCCACUUUGAAUCCAGCCGUUACAGCAAAGGCUGCCGGCACAAUAACAACAAACAGCGGUGGCUCCAUCAACAAUACAAAUAAUAAUGCAGGCGCUGGUGUUGGCACCAACAGCAUCGGUAUAGGCAGCUACACAAAAUCACUGCCAAUGUCGCGUCAGACAGACGAGAAUGGCAACGACUGCGAACGUCAGCAGCACAAUAGCAGCAGUGGCAGCAUUACUGUUAGCGCAGGUCAAUCGCAGGCGAAGGCCAAAGCUAAGAAGAAGCCGCAAAAGGACAACACCAUACCAGUCGAUGUUGAGAAUGAGGCUGGGUAUCGUGGUAAGGACCCGGUCGAAGUAUUGCUGAAGUUCAUUGAGGAGGAUGGUAAGCAGGGUGGCGGCGGCGGCGGCAAUAAAUUAACCGAAAAUAAUAAGAAGAAAGAGCGCAAAAAGGAGAAAGUGAAACAGAAUAAAAUGAAGAAAAGCAAUUCGCUGGAAGAGUUGCGUAGUUGUGCCAAGAUUGAUGUUGGCGAGCUUAAACGAUCAGCCGCCACCACCGAGAGCAAUAAUGUCACAAUGCGUAGCAAGGGUAGCGGUGGCGGUAAGGGCGGAAAAAAUAAUUCUGCCUCCACAGCUGAUAUAAAUAAGAACUUUGACGGUGGCAGCAAAGAAGGCACAACCUCAUCGCCAACUACUGGCGGCAAACAAGCGACUGCGGUUGCCACAACUGCAAAUGCAAUGGCGAACAAUCGCAAAGGCGAACGCCGCUCAUGGGGUACUGAGGAGCUGCAAUAUUUGGGCACUGAAGGCAGUGUUGGUGGUGUUUGCAGCAACAGUGGCUCCGUUUGCAGCAGCAGUGAGGACAAAGCGAAGGAGAAGAAAGAUAAAAAGAGUAAGGAUAAGGAGAAGGAGAAGGAUAAAGAUAAAGAACGCGACGUUGAAAAGGAUAAAGGCAAGGAUAAAGAAAAAGAUAAGGAAAAGGAAAAAGACAGUGAUAGGCAUGAUAAACUGACAAAUAAUAAGAUUGACGGCAAUUCAAAACUGGAAAAACAUGAUAGAAAUGAUAAAGUAGAGAAGGCAGAACGGCAGGAGAAAAUUGAAAAGCCUGAACGCGCUGACAAGUUGGAGAAACGCAAAAAGUCCGAGAGCAUUAUGCAUACUCCGAUUGCACACUCGGUGGAUCGUCAGGAUGCCGGCACGCCGAUAUUCUCGGCUAUCGAUUUAUUAUCUAUGAAUACGCUAAUAUCCGAGACGGCCGAAUUUCAUGUGGUUACCAAAAAGAAGAAGCCAAAGAAGCAACGCGCUUCCAUUGACGACACACAUUUCACACAGAACUCGAAUUAUAACAAUAGCAACAACAACAGUGGCCACAAUAGCUAUAACAAUAAUAAUUCUGGCACAACUGGUGGCUUUUCGCGUGCGCACAAUAUGGUGUUAAAUACACAGAAAAAUAACAACAACAAUAAUAAUAAUAAUGUGUCACAACAGCAACAGCAACAACAACAGCAGCAACAGUCGCGUUAUAAAUACCAUAAUAAUAAUGCGCAUGGCUUUAACUCGUAUGGCAACGGUGGCGGUGGUAGUGGAGGGAACAGCAACACCUUCGGUGAAGAUGGACGCCUUGAUUAUCGUAACAAUUAUAAUUCCAAUUAUAAUAAUAACUACAAUAGCAACCACUCACAUCAGCAGUAUGGCUAUCAACACCAGCAGCAGCAGCAGCAGCAAGCUCCCUACCAUCACCAUCAACAUCAUCAACAGCAACAACAACAGCAGCAACAUCCCCAUAAUGUAAAUGCUCACAAUAUGAACAGCGGCACGACUGACAAAUCGCGUCGUAAAUCAACUUCCUCAGUGCCACCUUCGGAGAAAUCCGAUUCAAGUGAUCUCGAUUCGGUGCAUUCCUUGCCCAUAGAAUCAACCACAUCUUCAUCGACCAAAAACAAACAGCGCCACAAACAGAGCGACACAUCGCCCACAGCCACGCCCGAAACACCAAAAAGUACGGCGGGCGGUGGUUCACCGGGUUCGGCGCCAAUUUCCUAUGCACAUAUUGCCGCGGCAGCUGCGGCGGAUCGUUGGCCCAGUCUGGACGCCGCUAACAACAAUAGUGCAUUGGCAAAUGGCAUUAAUACGUCUCCUGCUAUAGCCAACAAUACGAGCGAACAGUUACAGCCACAAGUGGCCAAUAAUAGUGCUGAAAUUGCCACACCCGCCUCAAUAACGAAUGCGAAUAACAACCCCUCCACGGCAGCAGCUGUUCUUGCCGCAACAGCAAAUUCUGCCAGCAAACAGAGUAAGAGCAAGAAGCUCACAAUUAAACCGGAUUUCCCAGAGCUUGGUUGCAGCAAUGUUGCGAUUGCGACGGCGCCAGAUAACAGCAAGCCAAACAUAGCACCUGCAGUGGUACCCGCGGUUGCCGCCGCUCCUAAAACUAUAUCCUAUUCUCAGAGUCUAGUUGCCGCACCCGCACAACUAAUCACAGCGUCCAACAUUGCAGGCGUUGCAAGCGGUGAAAAAGUGGCUGGUCCCAUAGUCGAGCCAGCUGUUUUGCCUACCGCUGCAACUGUCGCUACUGCUGCUACUUCUGUAGACAGAAAUACCAUACCGGAUGCGAACAAAGUUGAUGCCAACAGUGGCUCGGCGCGUUUGUCACAACACCAGCCAAUGCCGCAUCAACAGUCACAGCAGCAGACGCAGCCGCUGCAAAAGUCAAAGAGUGUUGAACAUGAUAGCUACAGUUUCAACAGCACUAACCUGGAUCAGCAGUAUCCUGCAUUAGAAAAGACAGUGAAGCGUCAUAGCGCUACAAAUGUAUCUAUUUCACCGCCAUCCGCUGCCGUCCCACUUGUUGGCGGCGCAGUCGGCAGUAGUGGUGUUCCAACCCAGGCCAUCAGUUCGACAACAGCCACAAAUGCUGCUAAUUCCACUAAAUUCAAUUUCGCCGCAGCUGCCAAACAGAUCGCGGUCAAAAGUAGUCCUCUAUCGCAGCCGAUAUUAACGCAAGAACCUGCAUUAGCAGCGGCAGCGACACAGCCAUCAGGCGUAGCAGCAACAACUACCUCAUCCACUUCAGCUGCAUACCCAGCCGUUCCAACCAAUUCAACUGCUACCGUUGCAGGAAAUGUUGUUGCGACAGUGCCAGUAACAAUGCCAGUACGCAAGUCAAAAGAAAAGUCGCCAACAACUGUAUUUGCGCCGACGACAGCAAUCAACGCGCUUGCAAUCGCUGCAGUAGUACCGAUCGCAACGGCAAACUUAGCGGCACAGACGUCCGACGCAAGUGCCGCGGUCAUUACAGCACGGAAAAGCAAGAAAGAGAAGUCACAGCCAGUGUUGAGCACAGAACCGGCCAUAGGCUUAACCCCAACCCUUGAGCCGCAAGCUCACGUUGCACAAAAGUCGAGUACCGCCACACAGACGCAAGCGUCGCCCAUGGACAUAGUUACUAGUGGUAAAACUUCCCGCUCACAAUCAAGUUUCGAUGCGGGCAGCGAAUCGGUUGUGAUGCCACCCAUUUCAAGUAAGCCACAGAGGCAACCGGCUAGCAACGCCAAUAAUAGCGGCAAAAUCCAUGUUGCACCAGCUGCCAUAACACCAACCAGCAUUGCUAGUGCUGGUGCCGCUGUGGGCACGCUUAGUUGCAAUGCGUCCAGCAGUCGGCCGGCAGUUAUAAUUAUGAACGACGAUCGCGGCGGCGAAGGCAGCGCCGUUGGCAUUGAAUUCACAUUCGGUGACUUCAACGAGGACGAACUGAAAUUUUUCGACGACAACCUCGCUGAAGACGAGUGUCCGGACGAGUUCGCCGCUGAUGAAACGGCAAUACAGCAACAAACGCAACAAGCGCCCGCUGCAACAUUGCACACAGGCGUUGCGAAUCAACAGGCAAGUGCGUAUCCAAAAAGUGCUGUCGUGCCAAUGGAGUUGGUUAACGACAACACUGCUACGGCGUACGUGGAGAACGCAGCGCUCUAUGCUGCUGUCCGCGCAUCUUCACCAAAGCCUACAUUUAUGGGGCCACCAUUAAGCAACGUGCCUGUUGCUAAAGACAUUGUACAUAUUGUGAAAACGCCAUCAACUGCCGUGGCCAAUGUUGUCAACAACACCGUUGAGCACGUCAAUGUGAAUGACAUUGGCAGCGUUGUGGUUGCGUCAGCAACUGACUCUGAUCUACAAAUCCAGCUACAGCUGCAGCAACAGCAACAGUUGCAGCGGCGAAAUAGCGAAACUCAGAAGCUGCAGCAGCUGGAGACUUGCAAUGACAUUGAGACCGCCAUCAUUGCGGCGGCGCGUGCAGCCGCUGAACAGCAGCAUCAACAGCCAAUGCAGCCACCACCGCCGCAACAACAGCGCUCCUAUCGGCACAAACACCAGCAACAAUACAGAAGUACUUCGUAUGGCAAUGCUUAUGAGCCGCCACAGCAGCGCGAGCAACGCUCACAAUCCGCGUACACGCGUGAUACGUCCAACAACUACCAACAGCAACAACAACAACACCACUAUCAUAGUCAAUACCAUCAACAGCAGCAGCACUAUCACUACCACCAAAGCGGCAGCAGUAAUAGUGCUUCGCGCAGUCGCAGCAGUAGCAGCAACAACAACAAUGCAAAUGCAUACGGUGACGUUACGGGCAGCACACCGCCGCCACAAUCACCAAACGCCACAGCAGCAGUUGUGGUGAAUAUUCAACGAAAAGAAUUCGACAUACAUUUCAUACCGCCCACCGUGUCGAACGCAUACAAUGCGUUACAACACAAUGAGAUUAUUGUGGAUUUCAUUGGGUCCGCUUGGGAGGAAGUGGCUAAAGUGACGAAAUUCUACGAAGGACAAUAAAACGCCGCCACAACAGUAGCAGCAACUACAUGGGCACCGCCAUCACAGCAUUACAACAGAAACAAUCUAAGAACCAAAACACGAACGUCAAACAGCAUCUCACAUGCGUCAAACACCAAUGACAGUAGCAGCGUCUGGUACAAUUUAGCAGCUACCGUCGAGUAGACAGUCAGCCAGUCAGCUCCACCAGCAUGGAUUUAGUGUAGUUACUGUGUUGUGUCAUGUUAUAUUUGGCUGUUGGCGCUCGAAAAAGUGUGUGAAAAGUGAGUGUUCUGUGGUUAAAUGAAAGCGUUGCGUCGCACUUAGUACCGUGGCUGCGCGUUGCAUUGUCCAAUAAACGAUCUUGUACGUAUAGUUGCUUAUUUAAAGUAUGUAAUUAUAAGUGUUUAAUUAUAUUAUAAAAACAAAAACAAAAACAAAACAUAACUGCGAAUCGUAAGCACGAAGAAGCAAACAAAUAUAAAAUAAUAAUAUUAAUAAUAAUAAUAAUAAAAUUGAAAUAGAGAGUGAAAAGAGAACAGCGUGCGUUGUAAGGAAGCAUACUACUUGUAAUAUACAAGGAUAUAUAUGUAUAUAUGAAAAGGAUAUAAACACAACUACACAUAAAUAUAUAUGUAUGGCCUACUAACUACCAAAAAAAAAUAUAUAUGUGUUUGUAUAUUGCUAUUUUCUCUGUACAUGACUGCUUGUGUGCUUUUUAACGUCUUCUUAACCACAAUUACGCUAACACUCUAACAACUACUAUAAAUAAAGAAAAAAAUAUAUGCUUAAUUUACCUAGAAGUUAGUCAGUGCAAAAGGUUAGUUUAUAUAACGAAUACGAAUGCGAAAUCCACACAGAGAGAGAGAGAGACAAUGAAAAAAUGAGCGUAAAACAUGAAAUAAAAAAUAUGAAGAUAGAGAAAUAGAACUAAAGAAAGAAACGCAAACGUAUGUAUGUAUGAAAAUGUUUGGAAAGUGCGCACAGCUUAAAAUGGUUUUGAGAAAAAAUUAAGGAAAUACAAAAUUGAAUUGCACUGAAGUGUCUCGCAUAUGUACUUGCAAAGAAAAAAAAAACAUAAAAGAAAAAUAAAAUAAAAUACACAUUUAAAUAAUUUUAUAUGCUAAUUUAAUGAAUUACAUAUUAUGGAGAACAACCGAAGCAACACAAACUGCAUUGCGCGCAACGCUGAGAAGUAAAAGGAAGGGAAUGAAGUACAGGUGUUUAUAUGUAAUGCAGCUAAUGUAUGGCAAACGUGACUGAAAUUAAAAAAAAAAAUAACAACAACACGGCGAACUUUGGCCGCGCUGGAUGUGCUCUCUCUAAUAGUUCGCAAGCAAAAGAAGCUGUACAAUACAUAUAGUAGUUAAACACAUACAUACAUACAUACAUACACUAUAUAUAUAUAUAUAUAUAAAAUAUAUAAUUAGCUACUAUAAAUGUACUUUAUUACUGUAUGUAUGUUUAAUUUAUAUAUACAUUACAAGUGCUACCGUCUCGAACGUCGACUGCACUCGGUGAGUGCGCAGGUGUGGCAUAGAGAGAAGCGUGUUUGAAAAUGGAAAAUAAAUCAAAUCAUAUAACAAAUUGUAAAAAGUUGUGCACUUAAAAGCAUAUAAAAUCUACAUUAAACUCAAGCAUAUUACCGAUUGCAACUGAUUCAGCACUGUCUCCAAUGCCCUGCAUUCCAGUGAGCGUUCUAUUCGAUCUCUGUAAACAAACGAAGCGGUAGCGCAGGCAAAACAAAAACAAAAAACACACGAAAAAAGGGCAAAUCAAACAGCAUAAGUAAGCCAAUAAGUAGAAUAGCGUUAAAGCAAAUCAACUGAACUGUUUAAAAAAUGCAUAAAUUACAAAUAAAACAAAAAAAAAAAAAAAAUUAUAAACACACACAAACACACGUACACAAGUCAACUGUUGCAAAACAUUUAUAAACAUGCACCCACCCACACACACACACAUACAUACAUAUGCCGCCCGCAUUAACAAUAACAAUAAAAGCUAUAUAUAAUUGUAUAAUAACGGCAAUGAAAUCACGCGAUAUUACAACUUAUUUAACACUAACUACACUACUACAAAAAAAAUUAUAAUAAUUGCAACAAAAAAAAAAUACAAUAAUAAAAUAUUGAAAAUAACGCGUAAUGAACUAAAUACCCUUCUAUGUAUAUACUUUGUAAGUAUUUUAAGGUUAUUUAUAAUUGAAAAACAUAAUUAAUAUAGAUAACGGUUAGCAAUAGCUUUACUAAAAAAAGCACACUAAUGCUGCAUGAAGUCUUAAGAUUAGUUAAAAUUGAAAGCAUACAAAUGAAAAGCGUUAAUAAUUGAAGUGAACUAAUCAAUUCAUAACGCAUACGAUUGUGUAUUAAUAAAAAAAAUUACUAAUGAUGGCAAAAAGUAAAUUUCGAUUAUGUUUUUUUUUACAUUUAUUAACAGCGUUUUUUUUUUCAAAUCAUUUUGUGUGUGCAGUUACAACAACAAAAAAAACAAUAUUUUUAAAUAUUAUAUUAAUGCUUACUUAAUUUAUAAAGUUCAAUUCUAACACUACUUUAUGUUGUGAAAUGCUAAGCACUGCGUAGUUGGAUUUAAACAUUAAAAUCUCAAUUAAAAAAAAAAAACUUAAUUGCUAUUUUUGUGAAAAUUAAUCAUAUUUGUACGCAUUUAGUUUCGGUUAAAUAUCAUGAAAAUUUGAAAUUUUUUUAAACAAAAAAUUAUAUAAUUUUUCAUAUAUUUGAAUUUUUUUUAUAUAAAUUUGAAUUUUUUUUAAUUAUUUGAAUUUUUGGAGUUUUUUUAUAAUUUGGAUUGUUUUUUAUUUUUUCAGUUUUUUUUUUUAAUUUUUUUGAAUUUAAAUUUAUUUAUUAUUAUUUAAUUUAAACUAAAAAUUUUAAUUGUGUUCUUGUAUAUUUAAUUUUGAAUUAAUUUUAUUAUUUUUUAUUUUUUUUUUGCAUUUUCAUUUUUAUGUUCAAUUUUAUUUAAAAAUUUGUAAACGUAAUUAAAAAAAUGCAUUUGUUAGUUAUUGAAAUAUCGCGCAUUAAACAUAUUCCAAAUUUCUAUGCUAAAAAAAAAUUCUUCCAACUUGUACAUACCGACAAAUGAUAUUUAAAAAAAUAUAUGUAUAUCCAUAAAUACAUAUGUAUAAAUGAAUGUGCACAUACAUAAGAGACUUACAAAAAAUAUGGUUACGGAGAAAAUAAAAUUAAAAAAAUGUAUAAUAAUGUAGCAACUAAGCUAGCAAUGCGUUAGUUAGAUAGCAUUUCAAGUGUUUCGCACAUAAGGCAACUGUAAUUAAUUCAAACGUAUGCAUGUAUGAAGUUUUGCAGAGGAAUUUUUCAAAAUUACACAAAUUUAAAGGCUUAAAAAUCGGGCGAAAUAUGUAAGUAUGCUGUAAUGUAUAUAAUAAAAUCAAACGAUAUAUGAAAAUGAUAUAUGAAAAAAUUAAUGAAAUAUAUAAAAUUGAAAUAAUUACAGAAAAAAGUUAAUAAAUAUAUGCAAAUUUAUUGAGUAAAUAAAAAAAAUAAAAUUAUUAAAAUUUUUCUACCAUGUAUUUGUAGUUAAAUGUGAGAAUAUAAUGAAUUUUCGAUAACACUUUUGAAUUUCGAAAUUAAACAAUUUCUGCAUUCUAAAUGAACACAUUAGGGUUUUUCGUGUUUAAGCUAAAAAAAAUAUGGGAAAUACAAACUACUUGCUAGUGUAUAGAAAAAUAUUGAAGUUAUAAAAUAUUAACCAAGAAAAAAGUAUAAACAAAUAUUUACUUGUACUAUUUAUGUGUACGACAAUUUUUCCACUAAUCAAAACAACUGCUAACUGCUUAAAUGACUACUGUGUAUAUUUGUAUUAUGUAAAAAUAAUCAAACUUAUUAAAAGAAAAGAAAUUUUUUGUUAAACUUUUAAUUUGAAAUUUACAAAAUAACGCAAUAAUGUACACAUAUAAAUAGCAUAACACAUUUAUAUAUAUAUGCAUAACAAACAGUACUAGCUGAGUUCAUUAAACCGUUAAAAAUCAUGUAAAGCUAAGUAACACUCUUUGUUAAAAUAUAUAAAAAAUUAAAAUUUCCUACAAUAAUACAUAAAGAGUGUACGAGCAAGCAUGAAAAUAACGUAUCAGAGAGGUGAAAAGAUAUGAUAUUUUUUUAAAUGCGAAAUUCAAAACUACAUUAAAAAAAUUAUCUUUCCAAAUUAAAAAAAAAAUUUAUUAUUUUUUUUUCAAACAAUUUUUUUUUAAUAUUUUUUCAAUUUUUUUUUUUCAAAUCUUUUUUUAAAUUUUUUUUCAAAUUUUUUUUUUCAAAUAUAAACAAAAAUUUAAAAAUUUCAUUUUUUUUUUCAAUUAAAAUUUGUUUUAUUUUCAAAAUUAACAUUCUUUUUUAUUCUUCGCGUAAGUUCAUGGCCAUCUGCCGCUUCCAGCGUCGCCUUGCACAUAAUUUUUUUAUCGCCAAUACACAUUAGACUGCGUAAUCAAAAAAUUCGAAUUCGUUUGCAGUAAAUAUUACUCACCUCCGUGGAAAAAAAUUGUAUGUGUGUAUAUUGUGGCCUUCAGAUUUCGUUUUUGUUUCACAUAUCACCUUUUUUGGCAAUGUUUUAGCAUUAUUUGCUCCAAAUAUUACAAAAAUACGAAUUGCAUAUCAUUUAUGGCGCGACGCUUUUCAAAUGUGAGCACAUAUGUACAUACACAAAUGUCGCUUGUAGUCAAAUACAAAAAAUAAUGUAGAAAAAACGAAUUUUUAUUAGAAAGAAAGUAGCGAAAAUGUGGCUCAGGGUAAUUGCAUAGUUAAAACGGAAAUUAUUAAUUAUUUUUUUUUAAUCAUUUUCGUGGUAAAAUUUUGAAAUAUUAGCAGCUGCCACUCUUUUUUUUGGAAACAUUUAAUUUGAAGUACGUGUAUAUUUUCGCAUUUAACUAUUAGCGUAUAUAUUAAUUACAUAAUAUUUUUAAAUUUAACACAUAUUCGAAAAGCAUUAUUUAAAUAAUUAAAUUAGUGUUGGUAGUGAGUUUAGCGCGUUCAGCUUAAUGGAAGCGCCUAGUCCCAUUAAUAAAUAUAUUAACACUCUUAUGAUAUAACAUAUUUUGCCAUUAUUGUGUAUGUGGUUCCUUGCAAAUAAAAAAUAAAAUAUAAAAUAAUGAUAGUAAUAAUGAAGUAAAAUAAAAUACAGAAUAUAUAUAUAAAUAAUAUAUAUAAACAAAGCAAAAGAAAUAGUAAUAAUGCAGUUUGUGAUUUAGCAGCUGAAAAAGGUGUAAACUUGUUGAGCUCAAUAGCAGCUGAUUUGCCUUAAUGGCGAGCUGGGUUGAGUGAGAAGAAAUAAAAAAUAGACACACAAACACACACACACUCCAUCCAUCCAUAAAACACGCCUGAGUCUGAGUGUACUUGAGUUGUAUGUAUAGAAAAUAAAAUGCAAAUAAAUAAAAAAUAUAUUUUAGUCUUAAAGUUAAUAAAAAAAUAAACAAGUCAAAUAUCGAAGAAAUCAUAUUUUGUUGUAAACGUAAUGUGUUAUAUAAUUAUGUGUGCAUGUUAAAAAUUACUAAAAAAAAAAAAUUAAAUCUAAUUUUUUUUCUUAUAAUUUUAUGUGGGUAUUCUGUGUCUAUUCCGGGAUUCCGGUAUGUUGUACUGCGAAAAAUAUUACAUAAAAGUUAAAUAUAGUAAAAAAAUAAUUAAUUUACUUUGGCACAUUUAAAAGCGUAUAAUUUAAGUUUAAAUUAUUAAUUAUAGCGAAAUUUGUUUUAAGAAAACAGCGCAAAACAUUUGAGCGAUACGAAAAAUAUAUUAAAAAACACUAAUUUAAUAUUGUGAAACACAAAAACAGUCAAAAUUCUUUGGUUUGUAAGUAGCAAAUAACAUAUUUUUUUAAAAUCAAUUUUUUUUUUAAUUGUGGUUUUUGAAAAUCGAAAUCGCGAAUAAUAUAUUUUUUUAAAUUAAAAUCUAUUUUUCUUAUUUCAAUAUUUUGGUUUUCGAAAAUCGUUAUUCUUUUUAUUAAUGUAAUAAAAAAUGUAAAAUUAGCAAAUAAUUUUUUUUUAAUACAAACCUAUUUUUUUCAAAAUUUUGGUUUUCGAAAUUCGAAACUUACUUCUGUAACGUAUUAACAUCAAAAUUUAGUUUGGUUUGUAAUUAGCAAGUAAUAUAUAUUUUUCAAUUCAAAUUUAGUUUUCCUAUUUCAAUAUUUUGAUUUUCGAAAAUCGUUAUUAUUUCUAUUAAAGCACGUUAUGUUCGAAAAAUGUAAUAGUUAAACAUAAUCUAACUCAUAAUUUGUUUUCCGAAAAUUUUCUAAAUUGUUUUUCAAUCAAUUAACUAUUAUUUAAAAUUAUAUACAUUUUUAUCUUUAAUAUAAUUUGAAAAUACCAUACAGAAUAACCACGUUUUCAAUUUUCUAUCAAAAUUUUAAAUUCAAAUUUAAUUCAUAUCAAAAUUUUGGUUUUCGAAAAUCGUUAUUAUUUAUUAUUAAAACAGAUUUUGUUAAUGUUCGAAAAAUGUAAUAGUUAAACAUAAUAUAAAUUAUAAUAUCUCAAAAAAUUUUCUAAAAUGUUUUCAAUUAAAUAACUGUAAUAUUAAAUUGCAAAAAUUUUUUUAAAAUAUAUUUCGAAAAUGCAAUGUAGAAUACCCACGGCUUCAAUUUUUUAAAUAAUUUUUUUUUUUUAAUAAUUUGCAACUCGACUUAGCUGUCAUAGUGCACUUUUAGGCGGAAUACAACUUUAGCAACAACAAAAAUAAUUGUACAUACAAUUGUACUAGGCAGUAGCAUACAAUCCACAUAAACAAACGAAAUGAAACUUAAGAAAUCUGCGCUUAAAACAUUAAAAACAUACAUACAUGCAUAUAAGCAAGUUGUAGUUAAGCAAGUACAUAAUAUUAGUUAAUAUUUCAUAAGUGUAAGGCUAAGUGUAUGCAAGUUUAUUAAUAAUUAAUUCUUAAAAUGUUAAUUGCAGACCUACAUAUAUAUAUACAUACAUACAAGCUAAGCACUCACUUAAACUUAAACUACUAAUAUAACUAUAUAUAUGUAUAUGUAAUUUAAAUGCAAAUGCAAAUACAACAAGUUGUAGUUAGCUCUGUGUGCGGAGUUAUGUAAUUUUCAGUGAAUUCUCAACUUUUUCACAUUCGCUCAAAAAUGGUGAAAUACGAAAUACAAAUUAAUGGCGAAGCCGAUUUUGAGAGAGACUUCGCAUAAAACUAAGUUCCAAACCAAACAGCAGUGCCUUUGUGCUCAAGCUGCUUCCAUCACACCCUUGUUUACGCCCAAAUCAGAAUAUGAAAAAUGUAAAAUAUACCUAAAAAUAAAAAUAAAAUUGAAAAUUAAAGGAAAGCAAAAAAUAUUUAUUAAAAAUUUUAAAUUAAAAAAAUUAAAAUAAUUAAUUCAAAACUUAAUUUAUGUUUUUAAAAUAAUAUUAAAAGCUAGCAAGUUGAAAUGCUAAAUAAAAAAUUGAUAUAUACAUACAUACAAAUGUAUAGAUGUACAUACUUAUAAACUAAUUAUGUGCAUGCACAGAUAAGAGAGUACAGCAUAUGAAAGCAAUUGUAAAAUAUUACCUAAAACCAAAACGCUAAAGUUUGAGCAGAAAAACUGAAAAUUAAAAAAAAAACAAAAAACUAGGGAAAAUUGUACCACAAAGUAAUGCAGAGAAAACACACACACACACCACACACUCUAAAAUGCAUUAAUUCAAAAGUGCAUAUACAAUAUUUAUACAUACAUAGAAAACGUUACACCCAAAAUACACGCUUUAUUUAUAUAUAAAAAUAUUAUAUAUGUAUGUAUGUGUAU